AUGGAAAGUGAACCCUAUAAAAUUCAAAAUGAUCAUCAUCAAAAGGCAGCUGAAUAUCUACGACAAGCUUUAGAAUGUGAUGAACAAUCAAACAAUCAUGAAUUGGCUAUUUCGUUGUACAAACAGGGCAUUCAAGAGUUAGAAAAGGCUUUGAGUUUACCUGUUGAUUCCACGAAUACUCGUGCUGUAGAGUUACAUGGUAAAAUGCGACGAAACUUGACCAUGGCUCGAGAACGAAUCGAUGUAUUGAAUAAAUUGAAUCGCAAAGAGCAACCGCCUUCAACGAAAAUUCAUCGACCAACACCUCCGCGUCGUGUCACCUCAGCGUCCUCGUCUGCUUCAGCUAAUACUUGCUCGCGUGUUUUAUCACCUGCUUCUCCUUUGACGACAACAACACGUUUAACUCCUAAAUUAAAACAAGCACCUACACGAUUAACUAAUACUGCAAGAAAAGAGGCGUCGGCCGUGCUCAAUCAGAAAAAAGCCUCAACACAAAAUCCAAAUCAACGACCGACAUUGAAACUGCCGAAUGUGGAACCUAAACUUGUUUCAUAUAUUCUCGAUGAGGUGAUCGAAAAUCGACCACACGUUAAGUUCGAUGAUAUUGGUGGUCAAGAAGGUGCAAAACGAGCACUGGAAGAAGCGGUUAUUUUACCUGUACUCCGACCGGAAAUGUUCACUGGUUUACGUGCACCAGUGCGUGGUAUUCUGUUAUUUGGACCACCUGGGAAUGGAAAAACCAUGCUGGCGAAAGCUGUGGCUUCGGAAGCCAAAGCUCGUUUUUUCAACAUUAGUGCAUCGAGUUUAACGUCGAAAUACGUUGGUGAAGGUGAAAAAUUAGUUCGCGCUUUGUUUGCUGCCGCACGUGAAUUACAACCGUCGAUUAUAUUUAUCGAUGAAGUCGAUUCACUGCUAACUGCACGUAAAGAAUCUGAGCAUGAUGCAAUGCGCCGACUGAAAACGGAAUUUCUCGUUCAAUUUGACGGCGUGCAAACAAAUAAUGAUGAUCGUAUUCUCGUUCUCGCUGCAACCAACCGUCCAUUUGAAUUAGAUGAUGCAGCACUAAGACGUUUCCCUCGACGCAUUUAUAUUCAACUGCCCGAUCGAAGUACACGAAUACAACUUUUAAAGCAUUUACUUCUGAAACAAGAACAUGAUCUAACAGGAAAAGAUUUCGAACGUAUUGCUAAUGAGACAGAUGGAUACUCAGGUAGUGACCUAACUGCUCUUGCAAAAGAUGCAGCCAUGGGUCCGGUACGUGAAUUACGUGUUGAGGAACUUAAACAGUUAUCUAUCAGUCGAAUUCGUCCACUAUCAUACGCAGAUUUUGCUCAAGCACUACGCAAAAUUCGAGCCAGUGUUUCUCCCACCACAUUGGAGAAGUAUAUAACAUGGAAUUCAACAUUUGGUGAUUGUAGUUAA